GAAGAUGUAAUCAAUGGACCCAACUCUAGGAGCGUGAAGCACGUGGCGCCCCCACUCACUUGCAUCGAGGUUGAAGGUCACCUUGGCGUGUCAGUUGUGUGUGUCACCUUGACCAGCCAAGAAGUGGAGUUUUUCUGGCUCAGACUCACUUUUUUGGAGCUCUCCAGUUCAGUCAAAACACCCAAUCUGUCCAGUGAGGCAUUCUCACACGAGCCGUUGCUGUGUCAAGAGUGUUGGUGGUGAAGUUUUCUGGUUAAUCUCCAAAGGCAAGGAUGGCUGAUCAGAAGCAACGAUUUAUCGAACGGGGUUCCCACAAGGGGAAGGGAAUUGCUGUUUUUACCAGUGGUGGUGACUCCCAGGGCAUGAAUGCUGCUGUCCGGGCUGUAGUCCGAAUGGGUAUCUACCUGGGAUGCAAAGUCUACUUCAUUCGGGAGGGCUAUCAGGGUAUGGUGGAUGGCGGAGACAACAUCCAGGAGGCACAAUGGGCUUCCGUAUCCAGUAUCAUCCAUCGGGGUGGAACUGUGAUCGGCUCAGCACGAUGCAUGGACUUCAAGGAGCGUCCGGGACGUCUCAAGGCGGCGGCCAAUCUUGUGAAGCGCGGCAUCACGAAUCUUGUGGUGAUUGGAGGCGAUGGCUCUCUCACGGGGGCCAAUCUCUUCCGUCAAGAGUGGACAGGGCUACUCGAUGAACUGGCCCAGAAUGGUGAAAUUACGCCAGAGCAGCGACAGAAGUACGGAAGUCUGCACAUUGUUGGCAUGGUGGGAUCCAUUGACAAUGACUUCUGCGGCACUGACAUGACCAUUGGCACAGAUUCUGCCCUGCAUCGGAUCAUCGAAGCUAUCGAUGCUAUCGUCAGCACGGCAUAUUCUCACCAAAGAACAUUCAUCAUGGAAGUGAUGGGACGACAUUGCGGUUACUUAGCUGUUGUUGCAGCUCUGGCCAGUGAGGCUGACUACGUGUUUAUCCCUGAAGAUCCUGCUGUACAAAAUUGGCCAGAGAAAUUGUGUAAUAAACUCCUUCAGGAGCGCAAUGCUGGACAACGUCUCAAUAUCAUUAUUGUGGCUGAAGGUGCAAUUGAUCGGGAUGGACGUCCUAUAACAGCUGAGAAUGUUCGUCAAGUGGUUGUGGAUCAACUGCAACAGGACACGAGGAUCACUGUUUUGGGUCAUGUACAACGUGGAGGAAAUCCUAGUGCUUUCGAUCGAGUUUUGGGCUGUCGAAUGGGAGCCGAAGCUGUGCUCGCUCUGAUGGAGGCUACUGAUGAGACGGAGGCCUGUGUUGUCUCCUUGGAUGGUAAUCAGGCUGUUCGAGUACCCCUGAUGGAGUGUGUUGAGAGGACGAAGGCUGUGGCUAAUGCCAUGGCUGAGAAGAAGUGGGCUCUGGCCGUUGAAUUGCGAGGACGUUCCUUUGCCCGCAAUCUCGAAACCUACAAAAUGCUGACGCGUCUAAAACCACCGAAGGACGCUUUCGAUGCUUCCGGAAAGGGAAUUGAGGGUUAUACGCUGGCAGUGAUGCACAUUGGGGCACCAGCGUGUGGCAUGAAUGCCGCUGUGCGGUCUUUCGUUCGCAACUGCAUCUAUCGUGGUGACACGGUUCUGGGCAUUCAUGAUGGCGUUGAGGGACUCAUAGCUGGGAACAUUAGGAAAAUGGAAUGGAGCGAUGUGACUGGAUGGGUGGGACAAGGUGGUGCUUUCUUGGGUACCAAGAGAACUCUGCCUGAUGGAAAGUUUCAGCAGAUUGCUGCUAAACUCAAAGAAUUCAAAAUUCAGGGUCUUCUCAUAAUUGGUGGAUUUGAGGCAUAUCAUGCAUGUGGACAGUUGGUUGAUCAGAGAAAGAAUUAUCCUGAAUUUUGUAUCCCACUCGUGGUGAUACCGUCGACAAUUUCGAAUAAUGUGCCAGGAACUGAGUUUUCGCUCGGCUGUGACACGGGUCUCAAUGAAAUCACGGAGAUUUGUGAUCGUAUACGUCAGUCGGCCCAAGGAACAAAGAGGCGUGUCUUUGUUAUUGAGACAAUGGGUGGCUAUUGCGGUUACCUGGCUACACUGGCAGGGCUCGCUGGAGGUGCCGAUGCUGCCUAUAUCUAUGAAGAACGCUUUUCGAUCAAGGAUCUCCAACAAGAUGUCUACCACAUGGCGUCCAAGAUGGCGGACGGCGUGCAGCGUGGUUUGAUUCUGCGCAAUGAAAAAGCUUCCGAAAACUACAACACAGACUUUAUCUAUCGUCUGUACUCUGAGGAAGGAAAGGGACUGUUUUCCACGCGUAUGAACGUACUCGGUCAUAUGCAACAGGGUGGCUCUCCUACGCCAUUUGAUCGAAAUAUGGGAACAAAGAUGGCGGCCAAGUGCGUCGAAUGGCUUGUGGAGCAAUUACGCGUCAAUACGCAACCUGAUGGAACCAUCAAUGCUACUAGUCAUGAUUCAGCGUGUCUUCUGGGUUUGGUAAGGCGUCAAUAUCGCUUUACGCCUCUGCAUGAUUUGAUAGCCGAAACCAACUUUGACCAACGCAUCCCCAAAACACAAUGGUGGCUAAAGUUGCGUCCUUUGCUGAGAAUUCUUGCCAAACAUGAUUCAACUUAUGAGGAAGAAGGUCUCUACAUUACUGUCGAGGAAGAAUGCUCCAGUGAUACGGCAGUUAUAUAAAUAAAAGUUUGCAGCAAAAAAAAGAAAACCCAAAGGGUUUUUUUUAGGUCUACAGUGAGAUUUUAGUGAAAUCAAUGUGUUUAUUUUUUUUUUCAAAAGAUUUGUUGACUUUUUAGAGUGUGUUUUACCUCUGAAAUAAUCAUUACUAUUUCAAAAUUCUAGUUUCAAUCAUGUUAUCGCUUCCAAUUAAGUAUUAUUAUUUGCCAAUUGGCCACAAAGGACACACAAUAAAUUAUUGUUGAUCGAAAAAAAA